GUGUACAUGUGCAUUGCAAAUUUAUAAAAAUCGGAACAAAGAAAAGAGCAAACAGUGCCUCUUGGUAAUAACAGUCGUGGCAAAUUAAAUUUCUUGUCAAAAUGGUUACAAAUUAUGAAAAUGUUUUUGUUGAACAAGAUCCAACAACGCUUUGCGGAUGGGUUCGUAAUUUCCGUAUCAAACGAUCAGAAAUGAAAAGAAAGUUGCGUGGCAAUUUACGUGUAAAUGCGAUGUUAAAUACAGCUCUUUUGACAGCGGAAGCUGAAUUACGUCGCAAGCAGAGAGAACGUUUUCGUCGUUGGGCCGAGUUCCAAACGAAACUAGACGAUAGUUACGCCAUCAGCAGUUAUGUAAAGGGAAAGGUGUCUGAAGAGGAGGAAGCUGAACGUCAGAAAAAGGUGGAUAAUUUGUGGAAAAGUGAACUUAGUGACUUGGAUUCCUUUAUGCGAUCGCUUAGCAGCAGUACUAAUAAAGAUUGCGAUGUAAAAUGCGCAUUUAAAAAUGAAUAUAAUGUAAAAAGUGAUAAUUGCAAUGUGUUGCAAAGUAUUGCAGUAGUUAGUUAAUAGUUUCAGAUGUCUGAAUUGUGUAUUUGUAGUAUAGUUUUAUCAAGCAAGUUUUUCAU